UGGACUGUGGCAACCGGGACGCCGCGGCUGCUCCGAGCUAAACGGCCACCGGGAUUUAACUGCGUUUGAUCGGUGCGGAAACCUCUCACACCUUGCAAGGCGGGAGAGCAGCAUUUUAACGGCACGAAUAAAUAAACAUGCUAUCCCCGAAGAGUGUCAGCUAACGCCAAGAGGAGCCCGUGCUAAAAUGGUAGCCCCUUCGCCCCAAAACAACAAAACCUCCGGAGCUCGGCCGAAGAACGAGUCGCAGCCGGAUUCGAGGCCCGCGGUCGAGGCUCGUUCGGCGGAUUGAAGCGUGGACAUGGAAACGGGGGUCGGAGGAGGACCGGUUAGCGUGGAUUUGAACGAGAAUGAGGAGGCGAUAAGCGGCGGGGACGGUGGGAAGGCUUUGAAGACGUACCGAGCCGGUGUCAGCAGCUGCAGCAGCGACGGGGGUCAGGAACCUGGGAAGGGUCAGCUUUGUGUGACCGCUGGGGACCGGGCGGAUGUAAACACUGCGCCCGCACUGCUCCAGGGCGGGUCGGGCUGGGAACAAAGAAACGACGUCAUGUUGGAUCUGGACAAGUGUCUCGCUAUCCAGCUAACAGACAGCUGUGUCAUUUCUGGGAUCUGCCCUGACCACAGCAGCCUCAAUGGAUUUCUUGAGUCACCCGGUCAAGAGGAGGUUGAAGAGAGGGAUGAAGGGAGAGGAGGAGGAGAGGUGGAAGUAGAAGAAGAGAUCAGGUUAGGCUUGGACGCUUUAUGCUCGGCUAAGACAUCCAACCUCGAUUUGGAUGAUAUUAUUGGGGAGAUCUGGGACCCGCAUGUGGAUACGCCAUUCCCAGAUGCGUUUCACGAAUUGCCAAAUGGUGAUGUCGGAAACCAGUGCUCACCUGUUGCGGGCGAAUGCACACUGUCUGCUUGGAAAUCCUGUGAUGACGUGAAAUUAGCCAAUGGCGGUUUGCACAUUUUACAAAUGUCGGAUAGCAUUGAUACCGAUUUGAAUCAAAGCAGGGACUUCGCUACAAUGACUGAGGAUGCAUUGAAUUCUGAUUGCUAUAACAGUUCAAUAACAAGUGCCAUACUUUCUUGCCCAAUUCCUGAGCCAGAUGUGAACCAUGACAGCGCGUUAUCUGAAGAAGACGAGGAUAUCAGUGAGCUCAGUUUACCCGUGAGACCGCAGACUUUAAGAACUAACCUAAACCUGACAGUGUCUCUGAGCUGCGACGCCACGCCCCUCUCCCCAGACGAGGAAGAGGCGGGGUUUUACUAUGGAGAGGAGGGCUACGGCAGUGAGGACUUCAGGAGCGCUCUGGAGGCCGGACGCAGGCAGAGCGCGCCCGACAAACUGCCAGAUCUGAUCGGGCAGAGCGAUGGACACGACCCCAAGCUCAUGCCAAAGAGGUUCGGCAUUGCGGAUUUCUUCACCAGGAGCCUGUUUUCUAGGAAGCCCAAAGAGCCCAAGGCGGCGUCCCACAAUGCAACAGGCUGGAGACUGUUCGGCAAGACACCAGUGAAAGAAACUGAUCCCACCAAACAUGCAGACGACGUCUCUCCUCAGGAGGAGCAGCAGACGGAGCCUAGUGGAACCCCGUCCUCCCAGAGCUCCUCUUCUUCUUCUACUCGGAGGAAGAACCUAGAGUUUGAGCCUCUGUCCACCACGGCGCUCAUCCUGGAGGACCGGCCCUCAAACCUGCCAGCAAAGUCCAUGGAGGAGACCCAAAGACACAAGCAGGAGUAUGAGGAGAUGGUGGCAGGGGCCAAGAGGAGAGAGCUGAAAGAAGCCCAGAGGAAGAAGCUGCAGAUGAAGGAGAGGCAUCGUCAUGAGGACAGUAUCUCCAACGCCAUGGUGGUCUGGAACACAGAGAUCCUGCCGCACUGGGACUCUAUGAAAGGAACGAGGCGUGUGAGGGAGCUCUGGUGGCAGGGCCUUCCUCCCAGUGUGAGGGGCAGAGUGUGGAGCCUGGCCAUUGGGAAUGAGCUCAACAUCACUCCAGAGCUGUAUGAGAUAUUCCUGUCCAGAGCCAAGGAGAAGUGGAGGAGCUACAGCGAGACCAGCUCCGUAAAUGACAGUGAGAGCGAGGGAGCAUCUUUGGCAGACAGGGAAUCCAGCCUAGACCUCAUCAAACUUGACAUCUCCAGAACCUUUCCUUCUCUCUUCAUUUUCCAAAAGGGCGGCCCUUACCAUGACCUCCUCCACAGUGUGCUGGGGGCCUACACCUGCUACAGACCUGACAUUGGCUAUGUACAGGGAAUGUCCUUCAUCGCUGCAGUUCUCAUCCUCAACCUGGAGGAGGCAGACGCGUUCAUCACCUUCGCCAACCUGCUCAACAAACCCUGUCAGAUGGCCUUCUUCAGGGUGGACCACGAGCUGAUGCUGAAGUACUUUGCCGCGUUCGAGGUGUUCUUUGAGGAGAACCUGCCUCGUCUUUUUAACCACUUCCAGAGCAACAACCUGACGCCUGACCUCUAUCUUAUCGACUGGAUCUUCACCCUCUACAGUAAGUCCCUCCCUCUGGACGUGGCGUGUCGCGUGUGGGACGUGUUCUGCCGGGACGGGGAGGAGAGCCUGUUCAGGACGGGGCUGGGCAUACUGCGUCUGUACCAGGACAUCCUGCUGCAGAUGGACUUCAUCCACAUCGCACAGUUCCUCACAAGGCUCCCCGAAGACCUGCAGGCACACACGCUCUUCCACGCCAUGGCCAACACGCACAUGCUCAGCCGCAACCGCCGAUGGACACAGGUGUUCUCCGCGUUAAUGAAAGACGGAGGUAAAGAAACAGACAGAAACGGCAGCCCCGCGAUGAGAAGCUAACAGCGGCUAACACUAAUGCUGGCUAAAGCUAAUGCUAGCUCUGUAUGCUAGCCUAGCUCCGACGCCCCCCUGAGUGGUGAACUGAAAGUGGGUCUCCUGGGUGAUGCUCUGCUGUCCAAAGUCCAGAGGAGGCGUCUCAUUCCACUAAAGCCCCGCAGACCCAAGUCAAAAUGGCCUCUUGUUCUGGUUUGAGCAGACAGGUUUGGCCUGAUCCCUCACGCUGUGUCAAAGUGAAUGAACUGUGCGUGGGACUCCAUGUUGUGUUGAUCGUGACGUGUUUACAUGCACUUGAGAGGGGUUGGGAAAAAUCAUCAUAUUAUCAAAUUGUUUUUUUGGUUUUUUGGUUUUGGUUUUUUGUUUUUUGUUUUAGCAAUGUCCAAGAGCACUAACCCUUGAGUGAAGACUGAACUAUGAAUUCCUAAGCUAACACAAGGAAUCACACGUCUUAAAGCUACAUUAUGCAACUUUUCUGAUGGAAGGUGCCCCAUCAUAUUGCUUUUCCUUGAAUGUCCCACUGUAUGGCAUUAAAAAUAAAUGUAGCAUGCAUUUAUUAAAUUACGGCUUUUUAUUGCAAUUUUUUAAACAUGGAUUCUUGUGAGUGUUUUCGCCUUUCCACAGAUCUGACCUGUAACUUGGCGUGGUGUUGGUGUCACUUGAAGACACACGUUUAAUGCCAUACUGUGGAACAUUCAAGACAGAGCAAUAACAUUUCCAUAAAGAUAAGCAAAAAAGUUACAGAAAAGUUGCAUAGUGCAGCAUUUGUGAUUUUGAUAAACAUAAACAAAUUUAAAGUUUUAGAUUUUAAUUCAAAAUAUAGUGUUGAGAGAAAUACAUUAACUUUUUUGAUACCUGAAGCGUGAAAAGUUUUGCUAAAUUUGAUGCUUCCAUUAUAGUCCUUGUAGUGUCUUGCCCAAGGACACUAAAACAAUAUGAGAGAAAGAGCAAGAUUUGAACCGCCAACCCAUCCAGUCGUCUAACUCUGCCGCUCAAGUGCAUGUAAAUGUAUUGAAACGAAAGCAGAGAAUGUAAUCUGCAGCAAAAACCCAUGAACUUCUAUAGAACACCAUUUUGUACAAAGUAGUAUUACUAAUCCCAUAAUGAAGUACAACAAAACUGUGACUGCAGCUUGGAAACUUUUUUAACAAAAAUACUUAAGACUCAUUUAAAAACACAUUUCAAAAUCACACUGCUGGACUUACAGUAGAACUAGUGUUUAAGACCAACUACUUCUCAACUAUUUCUGUCCAAGUUUGCAAACAUAAGAACUGAAUCUGACCUACGGCUGGGUACCAUUCAAAUUUGAAAUACCUGGUUUACGAGACGAGUUCAGAAAUUAUACUACAUAUGUUUCUUUAAUUGGUAUUUUAUUAAACUAAAUAAAAAUGUUACGUAAUUGGUAACACUUCAUAAUACUUGCCAAUAAUGGCUGGUGUUGUCACGAAACUAAAAUCCUGAGCUCUAUUUCGAUACUAAGGAAUUAACUCCGUACUCGAUACUGAUUAUAAUACCACGAUGAAGAUAAAAAACACACUUUUUUUUGCAAUAGAAUGUAAUAUUUAUACACACAAUAAUAGCAUGUUCUUUGUUUCCAUGAGAUCCUGAGACAAA